AUGCUCAUGUCCAAACUCGAGCCCACACCCUGCGACUACUCUCGUCUGCCUCCAGAGCUAUGGGGCCUUGUCAUUGAGCGAAUGCUAAGGACGGACCAACGGAGCUGUCUCUCGGUCUCGGCAGCGUUCCGUGCAUUGGCGCGCCCCCUUGUCUUCUCCCGCAUAGUCAUUCACGUCGGAUUAUGGCGUACACAAGAGCUGAAUUGGCACGGACACACCGAAUCCGAGCUCCAGCUUAUCAAAUGGCGGAACAUCGCAGCUACAGAGAUACUGCAAUACAUCGCACGCGACGCGCAGUUUGCGUGGUUGGUGAAGACGCUGUCCGUCCUCACCUAUCAGCGGGGCCCCGAUGGACAGAGCGACCCGGAUUUUACUGGUAGCUUUCUCGCUGCUUUGUAUGAUAUUGUGACGUCUGAUCACAUCCCGCAAGCUCACAUAGUUGGCGCACUGGAAUCUCUUCCGCACCUUCGGUCUUUCCAAUGGUACGGCUUCAGACCUCCUCUCUCAUCCUCAAUCCUCGAUACGCUAGUGAGAACCACCGGAUCGUCGCUCACUGAACUAGACAUCUCUGGCGUCGUCGGGCUGAUGGAGGACGCGUCGCCGUAUCUAGCGCAGUUCAAGAACCUCCAAACGCUAUCGUUGGCAGGCAACUCCAACCACUUUCCCAUAUCUACCGGGUACGGGGGAGACUCCGAGGCCAUACUUACAACCUGUGCUCAACACGUGCCUGACAACCUCCGCCACCUUUCCUUAUGGCGGGACGCGGUCUGGGCGACCCCGUUACGCGCUUUUUCUGGGCUGCACGAGCUGUCCGUGAUGAACCCGCGCAGCCUGGACAGGCUCGGUGUUCUCUUCGCGCGCUGCACGCAGCUACGAUCUCUUGCCAUAACAGCCGGCGGCGCUAAUUGCGAGUCGGAGGUGCUCGCGGUGCUGCAAGCAGCACCGGACGCGCUCCCGCAUCUCACGAUGUUCAAGCUCGUCCUCUGGGGGGAAGCGUUUGUCACCGACCCGAGCGCGUUCAUCGCGUUCUUCCAAAAUAAGAAGGGCAUGCGACAGCUCGAUCUAAGCCUCAACUACUCGUUUGCUCUCGAUGACAUGGACACGUAUACGCGGUUCCUCGACGUGUUUGCACGCCUUCCGCAGCUUGAGGUUGUGGGACUAGAGCUGCAGGGCGAAGGGUUCUAUAGCGAACAUAUGCGGCUGCUUGACGAGCGGCUCCCGCUUGGCCUCACGGGGCUACUCUUGAAAUGGUCCUUCCCUUCUGUCGAAGCCACCCUCGUUGAGCAGAAUUGGGCCAACAUGCUGAAGAAACGACCUUCGCUGCGCUACUUCCACGUCCUCGACCGCGUGCAGAAUUUGGACCUACGCGACCAGCUGCUGCAGGACCACUGGUGGGAUUUGAGGCUCGUGGGGUAUGGCGCGCAGAUUCGUAGCAUCGAGCGCGACCAGGCAACCGGCGAGUCGGUGUAUGGGCCGCCGUGGUCGGAUGCGGCGAUUGCUUUUGAGCUCGCGGAGGACUUUGGGUGCAAAGACUGGGUCUGGCUGCUGCAGUACCAUGAUUGGGACAAGUUGAGAUGA